AGGCAUCACUCUGCCAGGGGCUAUGGACGGCAUACGGGCCUACCUCCACAUCGACUUUAAACAACUCAACGACCCCAAGGUCAGACAUGUCUUUAGAGUACAGUACAGUGUGUUACUGAGAUUAGGGAUGCAAUAUUUCCAAUAACUUAAAAAAUUCCCAGGUUCCCGGAAUCAAGAGAGAAUAAACAAGAAAUCCGGGAUCCGCCAAACAGGAUUUCUUGAAACCUGGGAAUUAUGCUAGAGCUCCCAUAGUCACAUCCAAUAUGGAAAUAAAUUAAAUUAACUCAUUUAGGAACCAAAACAUGUGUUAGCUGUUUUUGGACACAAAGUGGAGGGAAAAAAGAAAAAAAACUGGGAGGUUGUGAUUUCACAUAUGCCAUAAUCAAUAUAGAAUGCUGUAAAUGAACGGUAAGGAGCUCUAAUGUUUAAUAUAGAAUCUGUAAAUGAACGGUAAGGAGCUCUAAUGUUUAAUAUAGAAUGCUGUAAAUGAACGGUAAGGAGCUCUAAUGUUUAAUAUAGAAUGCUGUAAAUGAACGGUAAGGAGCUCUAAUGUUUUUGAAAACAUGGCCAAGGAAUCAUAUCAGAGACAAGAUUAUUUAGAGCCAAGAGUCAGUAGAUAGUCAGUACUCAGGAGAGAUUCUGUCAAAUGUAAUGCUCUUCUCUGUAUCAUAUUAUAAUGCUAUGGGCUCUUUAUAUUAUAUUAUAAUGCUAUGGGCUUAUAUUUUUAAGGAGUGGGGCAGUUUCUUAAGUUCUUUGCUUGAUUGAAGAGAUAGUAAAGUGUUGGAAAGACGGGGGCGAUAGGGGAAGGGUGAGUCAAAGGGCAGUGGGCCGGGGUCAGCGACUGUAACCGCUGGAUCACACAGGCCACAAAGUCUCUUUCUAUGUUCCUGCUGUAGGUGUGGAUUGAUGCUGCUACUCAGAUCUUCUACUCCUUGGGAGCCGGCUUUGGAGUGCUCAUUGCAUUUGCCAGCUACAAUAAAUUUGACAACAACUGUUACAGGUAAGAUUUAUCACUGUUGAUAUCACGGUGCUGUCCUCAGUGCUUCUCUAUCAUGACCUUACAAGGCUUACAUGACCUUCUAUAACCUGUAACCAGGCAAUCAGAUUGAACAGAUCCUGUGCUGUGUAAAGGUCUCUUUAGAUUUGUCUUUCCUGUUUUAACUGGACAGAAAGGUGAUGUGUAUCUGGCCAGUGGACUUUCUGGCUUGGAGCUAACAGGAUAAGUGCAGCCCAUGCUAGGCCAGAUGAUGGCUAUAGCCAUAGGCAGUGUUACGUUCCCUGCCAUUCUGUGGUCCUCUAAACCCCUCACAGAGAAACAGACAUUAGACUGUGGGGUCUGCUGAUCCUUGUCAUCACUAAUAGGUUAUUGUGAAAGUGGAGAGGUGGGUGCUGCUAUCAGUUAGACCCAUUCUGCUUUUAGAAAACGUGAGCUAGCAAGCCAGCAAGGCAAGGUAAAAUAUCACAAAUAGAGCUAGAUAAAGCCAGAAGAAUAAUAUACUUGUUGAACAUAGCUGAUUAGCUAUAGCCAUCAGUCUUGUGUGUUUUCAUGGUCAUCAUUCACUCACUGCUAAGUUUGUCAAGGUGUAUAGCUAUCUGCUACAGGGCGUUUUGAUGUGAGCAUGGGCGUGCACCACUCGAACGUGACGUUUGCUUGUAAACAAAAACAUUUCUCUAUUGGUUUAAAUAGAACCAUGAGGAAAUCUGUAGGAAACGUUAUGUGGAAGUACUGAAAUUCCCACCUAAGAAACAUAUGGUUCUCAGAACGUUCUGUUCUAACUGGGUAUCCUGCAUCAUUCACAGAACAUUGUGGGAAGGUUGUAUGCAAAAUAACUAUAGGGCUACCACGCUCUCACUAAGCUCUAAGAAACAUAUGGUUCUCGGAACGUUAUGUGUUAGCUGGGUAGGGUUUUUGUAGUGUGAAGCUGUACAGCUAAUUGAGUUUCCCACUCUUAUAAAUUACUUUGCUUGAUCUAAAUUCCCCCCCCCCCCCCCCCCCCCUUACACAGCUGAAGGCCUCAUGUGUGCUCAGCUGGGCCAUAUGUGGGAGCUAAGAGGCUGAAUGAGGACUUGUGAAAGUUGGCUGUUACAUCCGUAGAUAUUCUGAAAGGACAUCUAUGUGGUAGCAGCUGGUUGUAUUAUUCUCCAUAUUGUACACAGAUGGGACGGUUGAGGUCAGACUGUGGUCCAUGUUCUCUCUGUCUGUCUGGUGACUGAACGUGGGUUAAUGACCACAAACAGUCUUCAGGCUUUCACCCAGUUUGAUUUCCAGGUGGGCCUCAAAGGCUCUCAAACAACAUCCAGUCCCUCUGCAUCAAAAUUGUUAAUUAAAACCAAUACAAAAUUAAACUCUUUAAAGGGGCAUCCAUUUUUGGACUUAUUAAUUAAUGAUAUGUACCCAUUGAUUCUUGAAGAAUAUAACUUAUGAAUGCCUCAUGAGCUUAGUUCAACUGUCGUACCCCAUCAGAAUCCAAAAUAUAAGCUUUGUUUUACUCCAAAGUUUGUAAACAAAGUAAAUGUAAACAAACACUACAUAGCCUAUUAACAUGGUUUACACUAUAAAUGUGAUAUUAUGGAUGGUCAGUCCUUGCAUCCAUACCUCUGUCUAUGAAUUUGAGAGUGGUUACAUUUCUCCAGCCCCAUCCCACAGCUUCUUACCAAAACAGGGGUGGGGAGUAUUCUUUGUUAUUGUUUCAACUGCUGAUUGCCGCUUUAAGGUUAGGGUUAAGGCAACAGAUCUAUGUGGGAGGCCUCACCCUGCCUGUACAGUUCAAGGCACUAAGAAGUUACUUAUCCAGCAAUGCCUUUGCUGGUGUUGGGUGGUAGUGAAAGCUGAAGGUUCUCUGUGUGUGCGUUCCAAAUGGCACCCUAUUCCCUACAUAUUGCGCUACUUUUGACAAGAGCCCGAUGGGCCCUGGUAAAAACAAACUAGUGCACUAUAUAGGGAAUAGGGUGCCAUUUGGGACACAGCCACUGCCUCCUCAUUAACCUACUUCCAACCUCUCUGCUGAAACCUUCUUUUCUUCUGUCUUCUAAUACCUUGACAAGACCCUCAAGACAAGACACAAGAUAUGGUUCCAAAAAAAACUUCUGUUUAGAUUUACCAUGGUUCAAGGAAAAAACAGCAUGUCUGUGAAAUAAGACACGGGUUCUAAAAGUCCAAUAGUCAAACUGUUAAUAUGGUGAGUUUAUUAUUGCUGUAAGACCUGUCAUGGUACUAUCAUGGUAGCUUUAUAGGCUAGGUGUUGUUGGAGGCAGAGUAAGAGCUCACAUGAAGUGUUUUCUAAACAUGAUUUGUGUGUGUGUUCUCUUCCCCACAGGGAUGCUAUCCUGACCAGUACAGUGAACUGCGUCACCAGCUUCUUUUCAGGGUUUGCCAUCUUCUCUGUGCUCGGCUACAUGGCCUACAAACACGGGGUCAGGAUAGAGGACGUGGCCACCGAAGGUGAGAGGAACCCUACUAGACACACACACAAACGCACACACACACACACACACACACACACACACACACACACACACACACACACACACACACACACACACACACACACACACACACACACACACACGCACACACACACACAUAGGAAGAUAAACAUGCCUUAUUAGGACACAUACAGUAUAAGGCUAUAUUGCAGGCUACAUACAGUCUUCUCUUUUCCCUGGCCAGCCCCCAGAGAGUGCUGUGUUUGUAUGGUGGAUCCACCCAGGCUAUGACUCAGCUGGGACAGACUCAACACAUGAGCAGUCCCUGUCUGACCCUGAGUAGAGUGAGGGGAGUCACCUGCUCUAAGGGAGGGCAGGAUUCUGACAACACCCAACAGUCAGUCAUCUACACACCAUUUAUAGAGUUUCAAACCCAGUCAAAACACCUAUAAAUUCAUCAUUAAACUAAACAUUCCACAAGCUUACUGUUACUGCUCACUAAAUCAAACAACUUAAAGGAAAGAUUCACCCAUUUUGAAUAUUAUAUAAUUUUUGUGCGUCUAUAAGCAAUGUUCUAUCAAUUCCUGAGGUAAGCAGGCAGAAAUACAGCCGGUAUGACGAAUGAUGCAAAACUCAUCAUACUGGCUGUAUUUCUGCCUGCUUGUACAGCAAUAGCUCAGAUACACAUGAAAACAUGUGUAUCUGAGAACAUCGCUCAGAGAUGCACAAAAAACGAUAUAACAUUCAAAAUGGGUGAAUCUUUCCUUUACGAAUGAGCAGCAACGUGCAAUGCUUUUAAUAUAAUUGAUUGCAACAGUAGCUGAGAGGGUCUGGGGUUCAGAUGGAAUUGAAAUACCAGAGAACACAUAAAUACUGGCCUGCUGUGGAGAGAGGGUUUGGCAGACAUACAAAAAAAAUUAAAUCUGAUAAAAAUCUGCUUUGCUUUCUAGUUCUUCUGUCUUCUACUUGCCACUGUCCCUCCGUUGUCUGUCAUUUCUUUGUCAUCUUGAGUCCUCACUUCUCUGCCUUUCUCCUUCCUUUCCUCCUUUCACUUUCCAUUGUUAAAUCAUCUCUUAUUUUCUCUGAAACGACCUUGUGGACAGGGUCAAGCUCAGGACAAGGAAGUGUUAUAUCAACAUCCCACCAAACAAUAUGCUGUUUUAUUUCAACAUCCCACCCAACAACGUACCAUUUUAUAGACUGAUGGUAAUCAGUUGUCUCUGGUAUGUGCUAUCACAAGUGUCUCUAUCUAUGUAUCUGUGCGUGAGUGCAGGUGCAGGACUGGUAUUCAUCAUCUAUCCUGAGGCCAUCUCCACCCUCCCUGGAUCUACCUUCUGGGCCAUAGUAUUCUUCAUCAUGCUGCUGACUCUGGGCAUCGACAGCUCUGUGAGUUACUGGCCCACCUCAGGGUUGAAUUACUGCAUGCUAUGUCCCACCACAGGGCACGGAUGGCUACUGACCAUUUGUUUCUAUCUUAUGGUGGAUUUAUCUGAUCUAUCUAGUGGAUUUAUAGUAAGUGUAGAUUAGAAUACUGUAUCUCCUCCGAUCUGUCUAUCUAUAUCUAUAUGUCUCUUUGUCCCUCUCUGUCUCUUUCUCUCUCUGUCUCUCUCUCUCUCUCUCUCUCUCUCUCUCUUUCUCUCUCUCUCUCUCUCUCUCUCUCUCUCUCUCUCUCUCUCUCUCUCUCUCUCUCUCUCUCUCUCUCUCUCUCUCUCUCUCUCUCUCUCUCUCUCUCUCUCUCUGUCUGUACAGUAUUACAGGCACUUUUGCAUACACACAGUCAAGUCAAUCUUAUACAUUAUUCUACUUUCCCAUGGUUGCAGUGAGUGCUCUGGUCCUGCUCUGAGUUCUGGGUACUGCGAAGGCAGUUGUUUUGACUGUUACCCAAUAACCAUGAAGUGGAAAGUCACAUGCAUCGCAGCCUGAAACGCAGGAAAACUUUGUCCACAGUGAUUGUUCAUUUUUCCUCAUAAAAUUUCCCAGUUACAUAAGGUGAUCAUUUACUGUAAAUGAAGCAAAAAAGGAAAUUCCACAGCAGUAGGAGUCAUGUAGCACUGCACUUAGAAAGCUAGGUCUGAUCGUUUAGAUUCUAGGCCAAAGGUAUUCUGUUUAGGUGAGAAGACUGUGUGAUUCUGUUACAUUACUGCUGUAGGUACUACAAUUUAUGUGUUUGUGCCACUGAACCAUCCUAAUGUAUGUCUGCCUGUCUGCCUGUCUGCCUGUCUGCCUGUCUGCCUGUCUGCCUGCCUGUCUGCCUGUCUGUCUGUCUGUCUGUCUGUCUCUGUCUGUCUGUCUGUCUGUCUGUCUGUCUGUCUGUCUGUCUGUCUGUCUGUCUGUCUGUCUGCCUGUCUAUCUUCCUGUCUGCCUGUCUGUCUGUCUUCUAGAUGGGUGGUAUGGAGGCGGUCAUCACAGGACUGUCGGACGACUUCAAGAUCCUGAAGAGGAACAGGAAGCUGUUCACCUUCGCCACAGCAUUCGGAACCUUUCUUGUCGCGCUCUUCUGCAUCACUAAUGUGAGGUCACUUCCUGUUCCUCUGAGUCACAUAUGAUUUUCAUAGCUCUCAUAUGAUUGCAUAAAUCAAACCAAAGAGGAUCACAAACUUCCCACCAGGCAUAAGAUAGAAAAGGGAAUCCCCUGUCCAACCAUGCGAACAAUUGUUAUUGCCUGACUCGAUAAGCUUUGUGUUUCAUGCUUAUCCUUGCCAGCUCACAGUAGUUAACGGCAGCCAGGUUGCCCAUCUUCAACAACCUUUUGACAUUGUGUCUCUGUAUCUCUCUCUCACUCACUCUCACUCUCUCACUCUCACUCUCACUCUCACUCUCACUCUCACUCUCACUCUCACUCUCACUCUCACUCUCACUCUCUCUCUCACUCUCACUCUCUCUCUCUCUCACUCUCACUCUCUCUGUCUGUCAGGGAGGAAUAUAUGUGCUGACUUUGUUGGAUAACUACGCGGCGGGGACCUCCAUCUUGUUUGGGGUGCUAAUUGAGGCCAUUGGGGUGUCCUGGUUCUACGGUAUGUAUUAUCGGUCCCCCUUAGCCUAGUACAGAGGCACAUACUAAUGCUGACUUCUUACUGUGGUGAACCUGCUUAUCUACCUUUCCUCUUCUAUUGUUCAUUAGAGCCCAGUCCUUUGUUCCCUCCAUCUCUCCACCCCCCCUCCAUCACCCCACCCUCCCCCUCCAUCACCCCCUGCCCACAAUUGCCCUCCCCUGGCCUGCCCUCUCCUCCCGUCGGCUCUCUCAACCUCCCUAACCCUCUGGCAUCUUCACUACCCAGGCCCUGCAGCUACACCUGACAUUUACUGGCAGUGUAGAGACACCGUGCUUCCCUUCCUUAGACCUCCACUGUUAACCCCCUUUCUCCAUCUCUCCCAAUACUCCUCUUUCCAUCUCUCCAUACACUCCCCUCCUCCCCUACACCCCCCGCCUUCUCCCUUCCUCCCUGCUCCCUUCCACUCCUCUCCAUCCCCCCAUACACUCCCACUGUCAGACAGCAGAUUGCAGCAGUCAUAAAGUAGGCCACAGCCAGAGCCACACACAGACCACUGAUGGGAGGCUAACUACUGACUCUCUCCCUUGUGGGGGUCAGAGGAGAGGGAGGCAGAGAGGGGAGGCUAGCUACUGAGUCUCUCCCUUGGUGGGGGUCAGAGGAGAGGGAGGCAGAGAGGGGAGGCUAGCUACUGACUCUCUCCCUUGGUGGGGGUCAGAGGAGAGGGAGGCAGAGAGGGGAGGCUAGCUACUGAGUCUCUCCCUUGGUGGGGGUCAGAGGAGAGGGAGGCAGGGAGGGGAGGCUAACUACUGACUCUCUCCCUUGGUGGGGGUCAGAGGAGAGGGAGGCAGGGAGGGGAGGCUAGCUACUGAGUCUCUCCCUUGGUGGGGGUCAGAGGAGAGGGAGGCAGGGAGGGGAGGCUAACUACUGACUCUCUCCCUUGGUGGGGGUCAGAGGAGAGGGAGGCAGGGAGGGGAGGCUAGCUACUGAGUCUCUCCCUUGGUGGGGGUCAGAGGAGAGGGAGGCAGGGAGGGGAGGCUAACUACUGACUCUCUCCCUUGGUGGGGGUCAGAGGAGAGGGAGGCAGAGAGGGGAGGCUAGCUACUGAGUCUCUCCCUUGGUGGGGGUCAGAGGAGAGGGAGGCAGGGAGGGGAGGCUAACUACUGACUCUCUCCCUUGGUGGGGGUCAGAGGAGAGGGAGGCAGGGAGGGGAGGCUAACUACUGACUCUCUCCCUUGGUGGGGGUCAGAGGAGAGGGAGGCAGAGAGGGGAGGCUAGCUACUGAGUCUCUCCCUUGGUGGGGGUCAGAGGAGAGGGAGGCAGGGAGGGGAGGCUAACUACUGACUCUCUCCCUUGGUGGGGGUCAGAGGAGAGGGAGGCAGGGAGGGGAGGCUAACUACUGACUCUCUCCCUUGGUGGGGGUCAGAGGAGAGGGAGGCAGGGAGGGGAGGCUAACUACUGACUCUCUCCCUUGGUGGGGGUCUGAAGAGUGGGAGGCAGGGGAGGCAGGGAGGGGAGGCAUGGGGGAGUUGUGAGAGACUGUACACUACAGUGUGUUUAUAAUUGUCUGUUUAGCAGUUUGUGUUAUUUAUCCAAUAGUAAAAUGGAAUAAAUGUAGGUGCAGUGAAAUAUGUUGUUUUACAGGGUCAGCCAUAGUAGUAUGGAACCCCUGGAGCAAAUUAGGGUUAAAUGCCUUGCUUUAGGGCACAUCAACAGAUUUCUCACCUUGUUGGCUCAGGGAUUUUAACCAGCAACCUUUCAUUUACAGGCUCAAUGCUCUAACUACGAGGCUAUUUGGCAUGGACGUGCAUGGGUGAGAGUAGUGAAGGACUAUAUGGUGUGUGAACAGUUCUAUGCAGUCUGUUUAGUGUUUUAUGUAUUGCACAGAGAUAAUACUGUAUGUCGACAAGUUGUGCUUUAUCUUUAAACUACAGCCCAUCAAUGUACACCAUGAUUUAUAGUCAGUAUUAACUGCUGAAACUGAACCUCAUGAUGAGGUCAGACAGACAGAGCACCACAGAGAGAGGAGAAUAAAGGAGAGGGUCUGCUUGUAGCUGGAGUUGUGACAGGGUUUCCUGGACCUGUCUUAAUGUUAACAGGCCUUGGCUGCUCUGAUAAAGAAGCAUUAUGCCCAAGCUAUAGAAACACCAUGGUUGUGUACAAAAUGGCACCAUAUUCCCUAUAUAGUGUACUACUUCUGGUCAAAAGUAGUACACUAUAUAGUGUCGUUUGGGACACAGUCCAUUUCCUUAUAGGCAGACUUAACCCUGUGUGAAAUUAUAAUAUAACAUACUUGGAACUCAGAGACUUUUAUGAAACAGAUAUCAUUGAGCUGCAUUUUUACUGCUGUGUGAACUCAUAAUUACAGAAGAAAUUGGAGUUGUGUGCCAUGAAGCUCUUUCUCAGCCAAUGCUCCAGCUGUUAUGUAUGGACAUUGAUGAGAGGAGCGUUAGUUCUCCUGUGAACUUCAGACAUCAGAAGCAAAGCGGACUGUGGGUCUGACCUGGGUGCAAAUAGUAUUUGUUUUCUUUCAAGUACAUUGAGCGUUUGAUUGAGCCUUCCCGUAGUGCCAGAUGGGCAGGGUUUGUACUAUUGGUUGUAUUGCACCAGGCAAGCUCAAUCAAGCUCAGCUUCAGUAUUUGUAAGGAAACAAGUACUAUUUGAACCCAGGUCUGCAGUGGGUCUAUGGGUAUGGUUCUGUGUGCGUGAGUUCAAGCCCUGGUCUUCUGCCCUGUGUUUCCUCUCCAGGCGUGGACCGCUUCAGUGAGGAUAUCGAGCGCAUGAUGGGCUUCAAGCCAGGUCUCUACUGGAGGCUGUGCUGGAAGUUUGUCAGCCCCACCUUCCUACUGGUGAGAACCCCGGGGGGCAAGAAGGGGCUGAUUGGGGGGCUGGGGCUGAAGCCUUUGGCAUGGUGCUGGGGCUUGGGGUGGGAUGGGAGGGCAAAGUGCCUGACACAAGCUUGAAGUAUUAAACAUACUGUAGGAAUCAUGAUCUAUGGUAUGUAAUUGAGCUUGAAUGGAAAUGAGGAAAUUCCCAACAGAGGUUACCUAAUUGUUACUGGCUGCCAUAUACUGUACUAUAGUCUUUUUUAACUCGUAUUAUGUGCCAGCAAUUAGUAAUUUGCCACAGGAAAUGUGUUUUCCUGUAAAAAAAAUGUUAGAGAUGUGUUACGUCAAUGAACCACAGAUGUGGGUUUGUAUAGAUAGGGAUUACCAAAAGCACAUGAUCUGUCUUGACGGGAAAUUAUAUUAUUCCCUUAAUGCUUUUAUAUUGAUUAUGAUCUUUCAUAUGUCAGUAUUCCUCUUUCCAUAGGGGAAGUUUAUAUGUUUUAAAUGGCAAACAGGAAAUAAAAAGAGGAUGGGAAGAUUGAAAGCCAGGAAAAUAGGUAGAUUAGAUUGAAAGCCGAUAUAUCACCAGGAUCUUUAAACCUUAUGUCUGAGGGGACCUAUCAUUGUUUAGUUUUAGUGUGUAGUGAACGCUACCAUAGUUCUGCUAGCCUUACCUCCAGAAGCAAGGCAGAAACAGCAGAUGUCAGGAAGAUAGCGCCCAACUCUGGCUGUUGCAUGGAUGGCAUUUGUAGAAAAAGGACAUAGAAUAAUGUUGUUAGCCUUUGAUAUUCAGUUGGAGACGAGGAGGAGACACUGCCCUGACCUUCCAGUGUUGUAUUAUAACUACUAGUGAUGUUUGCUGCUCUCUGGGGCAACAGUUACAAAGCUACAGAGUUACAGUUCAGUGGUGAUGGGCCUCCAGUCUCUAGUCUACAGCUGCCUGGUGAACCAGAGUACUUACAGUGAAAGUCUAUUACAGUAUGUGUCAAACCCCAGAGGGAGAGACCAUGCCCAUGUCUGUUCUAUUCAACUCAAUUUCAUCUCUGUAAUGCUUUUAUGUUUUUGUCAAAAUGAACAGUGGCGGAGUAUUCGUUUUUUCUACAGAAGCUGUUUUGAUAUCUCUUUGGGAAUAUUUUAACCACUCUGUUUUUUUUUUCUCCUCUCCGUACUUUGUGAUGAUAGCCAGCAUCGAGACCUAGCGGUUCUAUUGUUUCUCCUGUCCUCAGUUUAUAUGGUGACCUAGCUAACCGUUCUGUUGUUUCUCCUAUCCUCAGUUUAUAUGGUGACCUAGCUAACCGUUCUAUUGUUUCUCCUGUCCUCAGUUGAUAUGUUGACCUAGCUAACCGUGCUGUUGUUUCUCCUAUCCUCAGUUUAUAUGGUGACCUAGCUAACCGUUCUAUUGUUUCUCCUGUCCUCAGUUUAUAUGGUGACCUAGCUAACCGUUCUGUUGUUUCUCCUGUCCUCAGUUUAUAUGGUGACCUAGCUAACCGUUCUGUUGUUUCUCCUGUCCUCAGUUUAUAUGGUGACCUAGCUAACCAUUCUGUUGUUUCUCCUGUCCUCAGUUUGUAUGGUGACCUAGCUAACCGUUCUGUUGUUUUUCUCUUCUCCCCAGGUCGUGGUGAUAGCCAGCAUCGUGACGUCCACGGGCCUGAGUUAUGAUGACUAUGUCUUUCCUUCAUGGUCCAACGUGAUUGGUUGGGGUGUAGCUCUGUCCUCCAUGAUGUUUGUGCCCAUCUAUGCCAUCUAUAAGUUCCUCAGUAUGCCAGGGACAUUCAAA